ACACCAACGCACUUUUUGUGAUGAUUCAGCGGAUGCUGUCCAUCAGAAACUGUAAACAAAAGAAGCAAAAGAACCGUUCCGGGAGCUGUUGAGUUCCGCCGAGGGAAGCCAGAACAGGAGAUUUUAAAUGGUUUUGUUUUGUGUUUUGUCCGCACGUACAGGAAGAUGUAUUUAAUGGAUCACGAUUAUUGCAAAGUACCCAACAACGACGACUUCACCGAUGUGGAGUAUCUAGUCGAAGAGUUUGAAAACGUCAAGCCUUAUCUUCCGACUGCCUUGCGGAGUACAACCGGAACCCAAACGGAUGCGGAAGUGAAGGACUCCGCCGCCCGUCGUUGCGAUUGUGCUCGAAAGCGCGCCCGGAUGGAGAAAGAAUCGAAACGACUCCGACGGUUGUUGGCCUUAGAGCGCGCAAAAUGUCGAAUGUUGAAAGCGAAGCUACGUAAACUGCGAGAAGAGUUGCGGAUUCUCCGAGCAAUCAAGAAGCGCCAGGAGGCGAGAAAAGUUGCCGCCGUCAAACGCUUCUUCAGGAAAAUCCUCUACUUUGGGAAUCAUAGCUUUUGAUGUGGCUCCGGAUCAAGCAGUGGUGGAAUGUUGCAACGGGAACUGAGCGGAUUCUAUGAUAGUAGUCCGAACCAGGGUUUUAUAAUAAGCAUACCUAUGCUAAAAAUAGCUUACGAGGGUUUCAUCAUAACUUAAUACAGAUGAUUUCAUUUAA